AUGAUAGCUAAAUUUAGACAUAGACUGCUAAAGUGUUCCACACUGGAAGCCUGUGAGAAGUGGGAGGAGCCUCAGCACUUUAACACUCAGCUGGACCAGUGUGUCGACAUCACUGUUACCCCGAGCAACAUGUCCGUCACCUCACCACCGACGCAGUUGACCAUACGGGUGCAGAAUGUUCCUGCUCUGACCGGCGGCGUCUCCUGCGUGUUUGAGGACCUGAGUGAAAGCAGCGCAGAGGUGAUGGAGGACGGUCAGGUUGUGUGUGUGUCACCGUCACUGAGAGAGCUGCCCACACACACACACACACACUCCCCUGGUGAGCAGCGUGUGGUUCAGCUCAGUCUUCGAUCCACAGAAACAAAACAGAAAUUCAUCAGCACCAACUUCAUCUACUACAACUGCUCUGUGCUCGACUCGUGUACUUCCUGUGUGAGCAGUGUGUUCCCGUGUCACUGGUGUAAAUACCGUCACACCUGCACCAACAACCUGCAGGACUGGUCUUUCCAGGAGGGACGAGUGAGCAACAUGGAGGGUUGUCCUCAGAUCCUCCCGACCUCUGACAUCCUGGUUCCGGCCGGGAUGGUGCGUCCAAUCACGCUGCGAGCUCGUAAUCUGCCGCAGCCUCAGUCGGGUCAGAAGAAUUAUGAGUGUGUGUUUAACAUCCAGGGCAAAGUUCAGAGGAUUCCUGCCGUCCGCUUCAACUCGUCCUGCAUUCAGUGUCAGAACACCUCGUACUGGUAUGAGGGCGAUGAAGUCGGUGACCUCCCUGUGGACUUUUCCAUCGUCUGGGAUGGAGACUUCUUCAUCGACAAGCCUGCGUCCAUGAAAGCGUUGCUGUACAAGUGCGAGGCUCAGCGCUCCAGCUGCGGUCAGUGUCUCAAAGCGCCUGCUGCGUUCGAGUGCGGCUGGUGUACGGAAACCAGGAGGUGUCUCCUGCAGCAACAUUGCCCCGCCCCCGAAGACAACUGGAUGUACCACGGUCGACACAACCUGCGCUGUAGCCACCCGCGCAUCACCAAGAUCGACCCACUGACGGGGCCUCGUGAGGGCGGGACCCGGGUGACAAUUGAGGGGGAGAACCUGGGUCUUCAGGUGAAGGAGAUCGCUCAUGUGCAGGUGGCCGGCGUCCGCUGUAAUCCCGUCCCUUCACAGUAUAUCAGCGCUGAGAGGAUUGUGUGCGACAUGGCCGAAGCGCUCCUCCCUCACUCUCCCGGCGGUCCCGUCGAGCUCUGUAUCGGCGUCUGCAGCGCUGAGUACCGGACUCUGUCCACGCAGACGUACUCUUUCGUGAGCCCAAUCUUCAGCCGCGUUUGGCCGGAGAAGGGUCCCGUCUCCGGGGGAACCAGGUUAAAGGUGACGGGCCGAUACCUGGACGCCGGCAGCAGCGUCAGUGUUUUCAUCGACAAGGAGGAGUGUUUGUUCGUCAAACGGACCAAUCGGGAAAUAAUCUGCAUAACUCCCGCCUCCCUGUCAGGCUCUGGCCCCGCCCCCAUCCGUCUGAUGAUCGACAGAGCUGAGGUGACGAGUUUAGAGACCAAAUAUAUUUACACUGAAGACCCGACGAUCAGCAGCAUCGAACCCAACUGGACCAUCCUGAAUGGUAGUACAGUGAUUACAGUAACAGGAACAAACUUGCAGACCAUUCAAGAACCCAAAGUCCGAGCAAAGUACGGAGGAGUGGAAACUAGCAAUUUGUGCUCCAUCGUCAAUGACAGCACCAUGACCUGUUUGGCUCCUGGACUGGUUUACAGUAAACCCCACCCACCAGAGGGGGCACUGCGCCCCGAUGAGUUUGGCUUCAUCUUUGACCAGGUGUCGGCACUGCUCAUCCUAAACUCCACCCCCUUCAUGCACUACCCCAACCCGACCUUUGACCCCCUGGGAAACUCUGGAAUCCUGGAGGUCAAACCGGGGUCACCCAUCAUCCUGAAGGGUAAGAACUUGGUCCCGCCCACCCCUGGUAACAACCGUCUGAACUACACAGUUCUGAUUGGAGAGUCUCCGUGUCAGCUGACUGUGUCAGAGAACCAGCUGCUCUGUGAUUCGCCGGAUUUGACCGGAGAGCAGCGAGUCAUGAUCCUGGUGGGCGGUCUGGAAUAUUCUCCGGGAACGCUGCACAUCUACUCGGACAGUGCGCUGACUCUUCCCGCCAUCAUUGGCAUCGGAGCGGGCGGCGGCGUCCUGCUCAUCGCCAUCAUCGCCGUGCUGAUCGCCUACAAGAGGAAGACACGCGACGCAGACCGCACUCUGAAGCGUCUGCAGCUGCAGAUGGACAACCUGGAGAGCCGGGUGGCGCUAGAGUGCAAGGAGGCGUUUGCCGAGCUUCAGACCGACAUCCAGGAACUGACCAAUGAUAUGGACGGAGUCAAGAUUCCCUUCCUGGAAUAUCGGACCUACACCAUGAGAGUCAUGUUCCCGGGUAUCGAGGAGCACCCGGUGCUGAAGGAGCUGGACUCUCCGGCUAACGUGGAGAAAGCGCUGCGUCUCUUCAGUCAACUGCUCAACAACAAGAUGUUCCUGCUCACCUUCAUUCACACUCUGGAAGGUCAAAGGUCGUUCUCGAUGAGAGACAGAGGGAACGUGGCGUCGCUGCUGAUGGCCGCUCUACAGGGUCGUAUGGAAUACGCCACCGUGGUGUUGAAACAGCUGCUCGCCGACCUGAUCGAGAAGAACCUGGAAAACAGGAACCAUCCCAAACUGCUGCUGAGGAGGACAGAGUCGGUCGCUGAGAAGAUGUUGACAAACUGGUUCACAUUCCUGCUGCAUCGUUUCCUCAAGGAGUGUGCUGGUGAGCCUCUCUUCAUGCUCUACUGCGCCAUCAAGCAGCAGAUGGAGAAAGGACCGAUCGACGCCAUCACAGGAGAAGCUCGUUAUUCACUGAGUGAAGACAAACUGAUCAGACAACAGAUCGACUAUAAACAGCUGACACUGAUGUGUAUCCCUCCGGAGGGCGAGGCGGGAACGGAGGUCCCGGUGAAGGUUUUGAACUGUGACACGGUGACGCAGGUCAAAGACAAACUCCUGGACGCUGUUUACAAAGGAAUCCCCUUCUCACAGAGACCACAGGCCGACGACAUGGACCUGGAAUGGCGCCAGGGUCGUCUGACCCGGAUCAUCCUGCAGGACGAAGACGUGACCACAAAGAUCGAGAGUGACUGGAAGAGACUGAACACACUGGCUCACUACCAGGUAACAGACGGCUCUUUGGUGGCGUUGGUCCAGAAGCAGGUUUCUGCAUACAACAUCGCAAACUCCUUCACCUUCACCAGAUCCCUGAGCAGAUAUGAAUCGUUACUUAGGACAUCCAGCAGUCCAGACAGUCUGAGGUCCAGAGCUCCGAUGAUCACACCAGACCAGGAGACAGGAACAAAACUUUUGGCAGCACUGAGUGAAGAACCCACGAGAUCUAAUGCUGCACUUUGGUCCUUCCACCACCAGGGCACACUGCAGAAGUUUGUGGACGACCUGUUUGAGACGGUGUUCAGCACCGCCCACCGCGGCUCUGCCCUUCCAUUGGCUAUCAAGUACAUGUUUGACUUCCUGGACGAGCAGGCGGACAAACGGCAGAUCAGCGACCCGGACGUGCGACACACGUGGAAGAGCAACUGUCUCCCUCUCAGGUUCUGGGUCAACGUCAUUAAAAACCCUCAGUUUGUCUUCGACAUCCAUAAAAGCAGCAUCACUGACGCGUGUCUGUCCGUCGUUGCUCAAACCUUUAUGGACUCGUGUUCUACGUCCGAGCACCGACUCGGAAAAGACUCUCCGUCCAACAAGCUGCUCUACGCUAAAGACAUCCCCAACUACAAGAGCUGGGUGGAAAGAUACUACAGGGACAUUUCAAAAAUGUCCAGCAUCAGUGAUCAGGACAUGGACGCUUACCUGGUGGAACAGUCCCGUCUCCAUGGCAAUGAGUUCAACACACUGAGCGCGCUCAGUGAGCUCUACUUCUACAUCAACAAGUACAAGGAGGAGAUUCUGACGGCGUUGGACCGGGACGGUUACUGUCGCAAACACAAACUGAGGCACAAACUGGAACAAGCCAUCAACCUGAUGUCUGGGAGCAGCUGAGAGGAGGGGGAGGAGGAGGAGGAGCAGGAGCAGCAGAAGGAGGAGCAGGAGGAGCAGAGGAAGAAGAUGACAGGACUGAUGGAGAAGUUUUGGGCGGGGAAUUCAGGGCAUUUUGUUUUUCUGAACUGUUUGAACAGUCAGCUGAACUGAUUCAUGGUGGACUGAAGUGACUGCCACAGUUCAAUCCCUCAGUCAUUUAUCUAUCAGUUGAUUGAUUGAUUGAUUGAUUGAUUAAUUGAGUGAUUUAGAGAGUUACUGACUGAGACCCCAACUACCUCUGUUUGUUGGUUUUUGGGGCAGGAACUUGUUUUUUUUGGAAACUUUUAUCACGUGAUUUCAACGUGGAGAAAAAACCCCAAACCUUGAUUCAUCUGUCGGUUUGAUUUAAAUCUGCCUGAGGUGUGGACAGGGAUCAGAGCUGUGGAAAAACCAGACUAAAGACUGAGACGGGAUGUCAGGACCAACUGACGGGACCCCAGGAUUCUCAGCCAGGUGUGGAACCUUCUGGAGACUCGGCUGCAGAGUCAAAGGUUGAGGGAACUUUACUGUCAACGCUACAGAUGUCUCUAUAAGAACAUGGUCUGGUCUGGAAUGUGAAGAACCUGAGCUAAUGAUCGGAAAGGCGCAGCAAAACCACAACAAACGUGAGCUUACCUUAAAGAUGCGAUGAAUCUCAACUCAAGAGUUCCAAAGUUUGAGUCAUGCCAGAAGUUUCUUACCUCAAAAUUAUCCGUGUCUGGAGCGAUCCAGAUUCAGCGUCAGAAGAUCAGGUGAAUCUUCAACGAAAGAAGAAUCUCACGUCGUCAGCUAGAAUAUCGGACUCUCCUCUGAACAUCUUUGUAAAGGAUUCAUCGGGAUUCAUGAAGGAGGCAAAUUAAUUAUGUGGGAAUACUUUGGAUUGUUUGGCCAAGCCUCAGCACGAUCCAACAUUUUCAACAACUCUCUCUGGACAAUCACUCUGUACCACAGCACACUGAGCCCGAUGCCUGCUGACCGACCAGUACCUGUGUCCAUACACCCGCCUCCUCCUCGUUCCCUUCCCUCCUCAUUAAUUCUCUUCACCUUUGACCCCGCUCAUCAUUGGUCAGUCGCGCUGGCCUCUGACUUCCUGUUGCUCAAGAAGUCUCUUGAGUAACAUACUGCCCGACCAAUCAAGACUGUGGAUCUCACCAGAGUUGUGAACAGAAAUACAUUCCAGCACAGACUCACAGGUUCAUGAAGACGCAGGUGGGGCCGCUCAUUUUUGGAAGUAAAGACCUCAGUCUUCAUUCUCUAGGACCAGGACCACCUGGAACCUGUGGUUUUGGACUCGCACCAGCUGGUGAACUUUGACUCGGGUUGGUGCAGUUUGUUAAACCCACAAAGAGCCAUGUUUUACAGCGCCAUGCUCACCGAGCCCAGGGGAAAAUACUGUGCAGAGCUACAAGCCCAGUGCCAUGUAAAGACCGGAACAGACUCGUCAGAACUGGACCGGACUCGGACCAAACAACCCAGAAUGGAGUUUUAUCUGGACCGGACUCAAGAACUCUUUUAAGACUUGUAGCCAUAAUGUAAACAAGAAAAAAAAAAAGAAAGGUGAUAAUAAUAAUAAUAACAAUAAUGAUGAUGAUGACGAUGAUAAAGUAUAAAAGAAAACAAAAAGAUCGGGAAAAAAGAAACUUAAAAAAUAUUCAACGUGUAAUAAGAACUUUGUCGAUGUGACAGUUUGGGUUUUUCACGGUUGAACUUGUAUAAAACUGAACGUUGUGUUACAUCAGAGAGGAAGAACCAAGAGGCGGAGCAACACAGCGGACCCAAACUCCAGAAACAACUCACUGGACCCCAAACUUCAGAACCAACUCACUGGACUCAAAACUCCAGAACCAACUCACUGGACCCCAAACUCCGGAACCAACUCACUGGACUGGAUUAUUGUGGUUCUGUUUGAAGUAUGCUUGGCUCAGCUGGACUCUUUGGUACUUAUUAGUUGUGGGUGGAGCUUCAAGUCUGGAGGUUCUGUCUUUUGGGGGUUCAGGGGGUGUUCAGUGUGUGUUUGCUGAGGGUGGAGUCUUUGUUCCGAUCAGCUGUUCAUCCUCCAUCGUGAGGAUGAGCCUCAAAUUGUUAAAAUCUGAAAACAUGUUUGACACACACACACACACACACAGCUGCACAAUCACAAAAACACAUUCCAUCUUGAUUCAUUUCCACAGACUUUGGUUCCACUUCACUAAAAGAUAAUGGUUUUACAGAUUUUAAAUCUUUAACUUGUUUGUUGAUAAAUCAAUAUUAAGGUGUGAUUUUAUUAUUUAUUUAAUAUUUAAACUUCAUAUAUGAUGCAUCUGCUACAUUUACACCUCCAGUCUGAGCAGACAUUUGAUUCCACAGGAACAGACGAUCACAUGACCUCACAUCAGCUGUCAAAGAGUGUGGAUUAUAAUUUCUGUUUACAACGUUAACCUCGUGAAUAAACUCAUAAUACAUCCCUCAGAAGACAAGUCUGAUUGUUAAGUGGCACCAAAAAUGAAAUCAUCAAAUGUAACAAUCUAAUCUGAAUCUGGAUUAACGAUCUGUAUCUGUUCACAUGUUUUAAUUUUGAAUCUGGAUUAAGGCAGACACUCUUGAUCAACAACCGCAAUCUGUAUUAAAAAUCUGUGAUCUGGAUUAAGUCUGUAGUAAGAAUCUGGAUCUGGAUCAAGACUCUGGAGUAAGAAUCUGGAUCUGGAUUAAGACUCUGGAGUAAGAAUCUGGAUCUGGAUUAAGAUUGAUAAAAUUCUGAUUAAGACUCUGGUGUGAAAACCUUCUGAAGCCUCUUUGUCUUUGUGCGAUGAAUCUAAAGCACCUUUUUUUUCUUAAUGUUGUUUCACUGUCGCUUAAUUCUUUGGGACCAAAGGGAGGAGGAGCAAGAGGAAGGGUCCAGAUUAAAGACUGUUUUUAGAGGAUUAAUUAUAGAACAGGGAGGAAAGCCACUACACACCAAUACUACUCUCCCUCCCUCUCUCUCUCUCUCUCCCUCUGUGUGUGUGUGUGUUGUUGUAUUUGUGGCUUUAUGAGGAGCAAAAAUCAUUUAAUCCUUGAGGAGUGAGGAUAUUUUGUCUGGUCCUCACAUUGUUAAAGGGCUUUUUGGGGGGAUAAGACCUGGUUUUAGGGCCAGGUAUUUAGUUGUGAUAGUUAUGGUUAAGGUAUGAGUGUCCUCACAAAGAAUGCAAAACCAGCGUGUGUGUGUUGUUGGACUCCGCCUUUAGUGUGAAGGAGACAAAGAGGAGGAGCAGGGGAGAUAAAGACGUGUGAUGAUGAAGAACAGUGAGGAGGAGGAGGCUGACGAAUAAACAGAAGAACAGAGAGGAGGUCAAAUGUCCUCUUAGUAUGUGAACAUGAGAGGAGGAGGAGGGGGGAGGAGGAGGGAGACGCUGCUGGAAUACUGAGAGCAGGAGAGAGGGAGUGGACACAGAAUGCUGAUGAGGGACAAGAAGACAUCGUCCGUCACAGCAAACGAGGGAGGAGGAGACAGGAGAGGAAAGAAGGAGGGGACAGGAGGAGUCUUUCAGUAGUUGGUGUACCACAAAAAAGGACUGAGUGAUGGACAAACUAAGAGAAAGAGACACACACACACACACAUUCUCCAUCGUUGAUAUAUUUAUUAUAUUUUUCUUUUAAUUUAUUUUUCAUGAUAACUUUAUUUAUUGUUGGAGGAUGCUUGUGAUGUAAUGUUUGUACACACACACACACACACACAACCAUCAGAGAGUGAAGUAUCCAGAUUAUAAUCUCAGGUUCUCCGAACAUUUAACGAUGUUAAUGUAAAAAUGGGUUGUGAUUUGUCAGAGAAAAAUAAUCCCAGUGUCAUUGCUAUGAUCAAACUAACUAAAGCACUAGUGUUUAAUCCAGUGGUUGCAGUGAUGUCACUCUAAUCCAACCACUGGAACGGUCUCCGUUUCCAUUGAUCAUGAGAUUAAGUGUUAAAUGUUGCUCCGCCUUUUGGACUCUCUUUGGAUAUCUGACCACUCCCUCAUUAAGCCCCGCCCACCCCACAGACUCCUGGCUGUCAUGUUACCAUAGCAACAGUCAAUCACUGGACUCGCCUUGGAGUGUGAUGUCAUUAUUGUACCAUAAUCUGAUUAUUAUUAUAAUUAUUAUUAUUAUUGUUGUUGUUGUUGUUAUUGUUGUUAUUGAGAGCAGGUGCUGAGAAGCUCCGCCCACACACACCUGGUGUCUUAGUUUAUGAUGGAGCAGCUCGGGAGGCUUCGCGAGCGCAGUGAUGUCCCUUUCAUCACAAACCACAAGCAUUAUUAUUUAAAUGAGCCGUCGUCAUGGUGACAGUGACAUCACGGUGCUUGCAGCCUCACGACGUGACGUGACGUGACGUGACGUCGCUGUUCGUCCACUUUGUUUUCAUGACAUUGUCAGGAAAAUCAUUCACCAUUGCCUUGUUUUUAUUUGUUUAUUUCUGCUGAGUCAUGAUGAAGAUGAUGAUGAUGAUGUAAUAGCUUGUGUCUGUUUUGAUAUCAUGACCAUUUCCUCUGCUGAGUGUGUAUAUUUGUGUGAUUUCACUAAAGUGUAAACAAACAAACAAACAGUUUUCUGUGGUUCUUCCCGUGAAUCACAUGAUUAAAGGUUAGAGUCUCUGGGAAAAGCGUCACCAUGGUGACGAUGACUCAAUAUUUUCCAUCAUGUAACAAACACUGUGACAGACUAGGCAACAGCAGCUAGCAUAAUGUUAACAUAAAGCAGGGAAAAUAAACAUUUCCUCAUUUAUUAACUUUAAUGAACCUCAA